UGGGUGAAGUGUAAAUGAGCAGACACUAGUAUAUAUUAAGUCGCAGUCUAUAUAAUAAAGAAUGGCAAUUUUUCAAUUCGUACGUGUGUGUUUGACAUUUGCUGUCUUUCAGGGUCCCCUAUCCAUCCAAGUUUAUUGAUUGGUUUUCACUGAGUUACACCCAAGAAAACACGCGUGCCAUCCCAACACCAGCAUGCAUUUGUUUCUGUAUAUGUAAAACACCACCAACAGAUCCAAAUCUAGUCCUGCAACAAACAAAACUACCUUGGAAGAUUUAGAUCCGAGGUGCCACUUUCUUCCUUAAUUUGCCAAAUAUUCUGUUCCAUCUUAAGCUUCCCUCCUCGUGAUUUGGUUCGUUUUGCUUUUGUCCCCUCUUCUCACAUUCAUUUUAUUUAUGAAUAUAAUCUUUGUGUUAAUGUUGCUGUUCUUGAUUUUGCUGUCAACCCAAUUUUCUACUUUGUCUAAGUCUUGAAUCUUUAAUGGAAUUUGCUAGCAAUGUUGAAUCUUUAGCGGAUCCAUAUUGUCCCUUUUGGACGCUCAUUUGUUUUCUUCAAGAAUUGCUUAUUAGUUAUUAGUCACUGAAUUCAAUUUCUCUAGUUGCAAGAUAAACCAUAAUUGGUAUCUCAUUCAAGAUUAAGAAACUUUCCUAUCGUUAUUUUCGGAUAAUGAGGUUCUGUUUUUGUUGAAAUUAGAGUGGAUGUAGUUUCCACUUUGGCAAUUAUUUUAUAUCUAUAGCAUAUAAAGGCGGUUGGGUGACUUUCCAUUUCUGUGUAACUUUAAGAUCAUUUUGUAUAUUUAUCUUGGGGGAUCCUGAUCAGCAUAUUGAAUUCUAAUAGUGUGACACAAAGGUGGUAAAAAAACAAAGUAGUUGUCUUGAUGAUUGAUUAACUCCAUAAAAAGGUGUAGUAUUUUGGGCUAGACACACAACUAAAGUAAUCAUGUCUAGAAGGCCCGGAAACCCCACACGGCGUUUUGCUGGUAGUGGAAGCCUUGGGGGCAUUUUUCAUCCUAAAUCACGCCCUACUCCUUUGUUACCUACGCUCCUUCUCAUUCUUGGUGUUGUCCUUGUUGUUGGCUACUUAUAUCGAGGCUCAGGUACAUCUGGAAGUUCAGCAUUCAGCAGGCUUGAUGGUGAAUUUACCUGCACUUCGGAGCUUCAGCUGGCUAUACCCUAUUUAAAGAAGGCAUAUGGUGGAACCAUGCACAAAGUUUUGCACGUGGGACCUGAUACUUGUUCUGUGGUGUCCAAACUAUUAAAAGAAGAAGAGACUGAAGCAUGGGGUAUUGAGCCUUAUGAUGUUGAGGAUGUUGAUGUGAACUGCAAGAAUCUUAUCCACAGAGGAAUAGUACGUGUGGCAGACAUCAAAUUCCCAUUAGCCUACAGGCCAAAAUCAUUUGCUCUUGUUAUCGUGUCGGAUGCAGUGGAUUACUUAUCUCCUAAAUACCUAAACAAGACUAUUCCAGAGUUAGCAAGGGUGUCAGCCAAUGGUCUAGUCAUUGUUACAGGUUACCCUGGUCACUCCAGAGCUAAAGUCGCAGAGCUAUCCAAGUUUGGGCGACCUGCAAAAAUGCGGAGCUCUUCUUGGUGGUCGCGUUUCUUUGUGCAGACCAGCCUACAAGAGAACGAUGCUGCAAUCAAAAAGUUUGAGAAGGCUGCAGCUAGCGAUGGAUACAAGCCUAGGUGUCAGAUUUUCCAUGUAAAAUCAUUUCACUGAUACAUCAGCCAUCUCACAAUUCAAGGGACCAAUCUCUACAUUGUCACGGUGAUUUUUUAGGUCUUUAUAAAUUUCAUUUUUGUACCUUCCACAGCAAGAGGGAAAAAAGAAGCAGGAAUGAAGAAAAACAUCCUGCAUCAUUUUGAGUAUUCAAUAUGUACAAGCAGAUUAAUUUAAAGUUGAAAACUUUGGUUACCUUCAAUUCAUACAGCCAAAACAUCAUGUAACAGGUUUAGAUAUUUGGUAUAAAUUGUCAUCUGCAUUAUUUGUUA